AAUUUGCGCUUUUGUAAUGUCCGCAACCUGGUAAAUUGUUGCGUAGAUUGCCUCGCUCUGAAGUCAUUGCUAAAAGUGCUGGGAUGCUCCUAUGCCGCUCACCAAUGUUUAUUUCGGCUAAUCCAGGCCAUUCGUGAUGGUGUCUUGGACGCAGUGAUAAACAAGGAGCAUGGUUACAUGGAACCGACUCGGGAAAGUGAUGUGUAUUCAACAUGCGAGCCAUCGAUCCAAUUCCACCAUCGCUGUAAUUUCCUUUUCAACAUCCGGAACCAGGCUGUUAAAGCCAUGCGUUAUCCGCUCAAGAAAAAAUACUCGAGACCCAAACUAAGAAAGGUAGGUACUAUGCGAGCUGAAGUAAAUCAGUCACAACGCCCUAUUUCUGAGCAAAUUUCAGCUGACAAAGUGAAAGUCACGGUUGAAGGCGACGCCACUAAGGAUGUAGACUUGCUUACUCUUGAAGACAUCCGUGAUCAAAUUCGUUAUAUUGAAAAAGCUGUCGUCACCAAAGAGCUUCAUUUUAUGACUCGAGUCCUUCGUAGCAUCCUUCCGAUUCGUCGAAAGCUCAACAGCAGUGUUUUGCGUGGUUUGGUCCAGGCCUACUUUGUUCCACAAUCUCAACAAUGGUCAUACUUUAUGGAACACCUUCCUGAGUCAAUGGAUGCUCCACCGAAAUUAAACUACAGGCAGUUCAAGUCUCAAAAAUCAGCCACCCUUCUCCCGGAGGUUGAGGUUUAUCUCCAUCUAUUGUUGCUCAUUCAUCUAUUGGACCAAGGUAAACCUAAGGAGGCAACAAAGUGCUCCACUCGUUUGAUGGAGAGAACUCAGGAAACCGGUCGCCGUACAAUGGCGGCACUCGCCAGUCGCUGUUUCUACUACCACAGUAGAGCAUUUGAGCUAGAUGACCGACUGGAAGAGAUCCGUUUGUUCCUUCACACUCGCCUUCGAUCGGCCACGUUAAAGAAUAAUUACGACUGUCAGGCUGUUCUCAUCAAUCUGCUAUUGCGGAACUACCUUCACUACAAUCUCCAUAACCAGGCCUCGAAACUGGUUAGCCGCGUUCGGUUUCCUGAGUCAGCUACCAAUAAUGAAUGGGCUCGGUUUCUUUACUACCUAGGUUUUAUAAAAGCCAUCCAGCUGGAUUACAAUGCAGCCCAUGACCACUUGGUUUCUGCUCAACGCAAGGCGCCUCAACAGACGGCAGUUGGUUUCAGACAGGCACUGAACAAACUAAACACUGUCGUUGAAUUGUUGCUAGGCGAAUUGCCUGACCGAAGCAUAUUCCGACAGGCCGACCUCAAGGAUGCCCUUCAUCCAUACUUCCAGCUCACUCAAGCCAUUCACGCUGGUGAUUUGGGGCAAUUCAACAAUGUCCUUAAGGCCUACUCCCAACGAUUCAUUCAUGACAAAACCUACACCCUCAUUCUGCGUCUUCGUCACAAUGUAAUCAAAACGGGCGUUCGCAGGAUCUCCCUUAGCUACUCGAAGAUAUCUCUCGUGGACGUUGCUGAGAAGUUGCAGCUCGAUAGUCCCGAGGAUGCGGAAUACAUAGUAGCGAAGGCCAUCCGUGACGGCGUCAUUGACGCAGUUAUAAACAGGGAGCGUGGGUUUAUGGUAACGACCGAGCCCAGUGAUCUGUAUUCAACACGCGAGCCAAUGGACCAAUUCCACCAGCGCAUUACUUUCUGUCUCGGAAUCCGGAACCAGGCUAUUAAAGCCAUGCGUUAUCCACCCAAGCAAUACAGUAAGGACCUUGAAUCGGCCGAGGAACGCCGUGAACGUGAACAACAGGAAAUGGAGAGUGCAAAGGAACUUUCGGAAGAUGACUUUGACGCUUUCCCUUAG